AUGCAGUUGAAAGGCUUCUUUCCCCUCGCCUUUGCUGCACUGGCGGCGGCGGCUGAGCCGCUGAACGCCGUGCUCAAGGCCAACAAUGACACCUUGAGUACUCUAAACUCUCUGCUCGCGAUGGCCCCCGAGAUUGUGAAGACCCUGGCCAGCUCCAACGACUUUACGAUUCUCGCCCCCUCGAACGACGCCUUUGUCAAGGCGAUGCAGAUGGACCCCACAUUCGCUCAAAAGGCCACCAACGUCACCUUCGUCAAGGAUCUCCUCAUGUACCACGUCGUCGCCGGCAAGACCACGGCCAGCAUGUUCUCCACGAAACCCAAGUUCGCCAUCAGCAGGUUGGAGCUUCCUACCCGUAACGGUACGGGUGCCCAAAGGGUUGAACUCGUCAAGAAGGCGGACCAGGCUGUCAUCUUUAGCGGAUACAAGCAGAUGAGCACCGUCUCCAAGCCCGACAUUGCGUUUUCGGGAGGCGUGCUGCAUGUUAUCGACUCCGUCUUGACCCUCCCCGGGACACCUUCCGACACGGCCCUGAACACGGGCCUGACAAGCAUGGCGGGUGCGCUGAUGAAAGCUGGGCUUGUCGAGGGUCUCGACUCGCUGAAUGCGUCUACCGUCUUUGCCCCGACAAACGCAGCCUUCCAGGCCAUCGGUGCCACCGCCGCGUCCAUGUCGCCUCAGGAUCUCGCAAAGAUACUUCAGUACCACGUCAUUAUGCGCCAGGUCCGCUUCAGUUCCGGUGUUACGAUGAAGUUGGGAUUCAAGAGCUUGAUGGGCCAAAAGGUCACGCUUCGGAAGCAGGACAGCACGGUUUUCGUCAACUCUGCCAAGGUUAUCAUCUCUGAUAUGAUCACCAGCGAAGGCGUCAUGCAUGUCAUUGACAGUGUUCUUAACCCAGGGGAGCCGAAGCUGACGCCCAACCUGUCUGCUUCAUCCGCAACACCCGCCUUUGCCGGGGCCGUCGCAGCCGCCAACGCUCCUUUCACCGACGGCGUCACACCCACAGCCAACUUCGUGCCAGCCUCUUCCUCGACUACGAAGAACUUCAAGACCACCGUGGGCCCCGCCGUGCUAGGUUUACUUGGGUACUUGGCGGUUGUUGUGCUGUGA